AUGUACCUGGAUGGUGCGAAAUUUGCAAUCCAGACUGACCAUCAGGCACUCGCCUGGCUGAGUAGAUUGAAAAAUCCCGCCGGAAGACUUGCACGUUGGAGUCUGACGUUGCAACGGUACGACUUCUCGAUCGAAUAUCGGAGGGGGACCUCUAACAAAGUGGCAGAUGCGCUGUCUCGAGCACCUCUGCCCCUGGAGGACGUCGUUACCACGCAGGAGCUCGUAGCCGCGGUUGGACAAGCCGGAACGGACGGAGAGCAGGCGUGGGGACACAUCGUGAGCCGGAAGGACAUCGUGGAAGCCCAGAGGACGGACGGACUCUGUCAGCUUGUAGUAAGGUGGCUGGAGACAACGGGCCCAGCGGACGCCGGAGACGCUGAAGAGAGGUUCGACUCCUAUCAGCUGAGCGAGGAUGGUCUUCUGGUGAGGUAUAUCCCCCAGGCGGACGACGAGGAGAUCGGCGGCAACCCUUUCAGGAUCGUAGUACCACGAAAGCUACUCAUUACAGAUCACUUCACGAAGUGGGUUGAGCUCUAUCCCCUGCGGAAAUUGGUGUCAGCUCGGAUCUGGGGUCGACUGCUGGAUGUCUUUUCGCGGUUUGGAUUCCCGGACCAGCUUAUCACGGAUAACGCCUCGUACUUUACAAGUAAGGUGUUCGUCGACACAUGCUCGGCAUUGAGUAUCCGACACAAGAAGACGUCCCCCUAUCACCCCCAGGCAAACAUAACUGAGCGGGUCAAUAGGAAUAUCAAAAUGAUGAUGGUAACACUUACCAGCAGGCAUAAGGAUUGGGACGCGCGUCUAACGGAGAUUGGCUUCGCCACUCGUACGACGGAAAAUAGGUCUACUGGGUUCACCCCUGCCUAUUUGAGUUUUGGACGGGAAAUAGUAUUCCCACUCGAAAACACGCUACGAACACUGAGGGAACAACCCCGUCCCCCGUAUGCACGAUAUGCGGAAGACAUUCGCAACCGUCUCUCAACUGCAGUUCGUUGUGCACGUGAGAAUCUGGAGGUCGCACGACUGGAGCAAGCAUCCCAGUACAACAAGGGUCGACGCCAGGUAACAUACCGCGUAGGAGACUUAGUCCUGAGGCGGACGCAUCCACUUAGCGACGCGGCGAAGGGCUUCGCAGCUUCUCUCGUGGACCGAUGGGACGGGCCUUACCGGGUAAGUGCGCAACUUACACCCGUAACUUAUAGACUUGAACGUUGCAGUACAAGCGAGGAGUCCGGCCCAGUUCACAUCACAUACCUCAAGGAGUUCAUCGAUCGCAUCUUGGAGCAAGAGGAAGGGCAAGAGGACUCGGGCACAAGUUCGUCGCAAUCCCAACCCUUCCGCGGCCCCAUCGACACGGAGUCGCAGCCCGCUGAAGAUGGGACAGUUCGGGGCGGGUUACCGGGGUCUCCUCGUUAUAACCUCCGCCCUCGUAGACCUCCAAGGUGAUGUUUUUUCAUUUUUUUCCCUGCAGAUGCCACGACCACCUGCAGCGAGAAGCCGUUCUCGACCCCAACAACGGCACCGACCUCAGCGAUUCCCUGGGAACUCUCCUGCUCGGAGGCCUUCCCCGUCACCCAGAUCCCCAAACAGAUCAAACAGACACCCCACCGAGCCUCCAGCGGUGUACACGGAACAAGAAAGAAGCGCCCUCUGCCCCUUCUGCGGUGUUCCACUAAUCCACCCUCCGACCCAUAAUGCGGGAGCCCUUUACCUGCAUCGUAUCCAACAAGCCGCACAGCCGAGGGCAGCAGCUAACAACGUGGCCUCCGCUCCUACACGUCGGGACAUAGUCGCUGCAGUGAACCUACUUCGGCAGCUGGCCCCCCAAGUUCUCGCUCGGCCAUCCUUCUCACCGGACCCUGAGGAUAUAAUCCUCGACCUCCCCGAACUUCCGGACAUUUGCCUCAAGGGGGGAGAGUGUGGGGGGCGCUGAUAAACCGGCAACUUCCGCGCGAUAGCGCAGAUAGCGCAAGAGAUAAAAGAGCGAGCGCUCGGGAAAAGAGGAUAUUCGUGCGGCAGGCAGGCUGGCAGACGGUCACAGAAGCGAGGAGCGACGAAGCGGGCAGACGGCCAGCAGCUGUGAUGUAAGGCAAUAAACCUUGUUUCUUUUGUUCAA